AUGAAGGUGCAGUGCGACGUGUGCGCGGCCGAGGCGGCGUCGGUGUUCUGCUGCGCCGACGAGGCCGCGCUGUGCGACGCGUGCGACCGUCGCGUGCACCGCGCCAACAAGCUGGCCGGCAAGCACCGCCGGUUCUCGCUGCUCAACCCGGCGCCGCCGUUCUCAUCGUCGGGGUCGUCGGCGCGGCAGGCACCGCCUCCGCUCUGCGACAUCUGCCAGGAGAAGCGGGGGCUCCUGUUCUGCAAGGAGGACCGCGCCAUCCUGUGCCGGGACUGCGACGUGUCGGUGCACACGGCCAGCGAGCUGACGAUGCGCCACACCCGGUUCCUGCUCACGGGCGUGCGCCUCUCCGCCGAGCCCGCCGCGUGCCCGGCGCCGCCGCCGCCGCCGCCGUCGUCGGAGGACGAGAACAGCAGCGGCAGCGGCAGCUUCUGCUGCAGCGCCGGUGGCGGCGACGCGGCCGCCGCCCCUCCGUCGGCGGCGCCCGCCACCAGCCACGGGAGCGGGAGCGAUAACGGCAGCAGCAUCUCCGAGUACCUGAUCAAGACGCUGCCCGGGUGGCACGUCGAGGACUUCCUGGUGGACGAGGCGGCCGCCGCCGCCGCGACUAACAUCAUCGGCGUCUCCUCCGCAGACGCGUCGUAUCUGCAGGUUUGUUUCCUUAUUUUCAUUUAUUCAGCAUUUUCUGGCUGUGUUAGCAAACUAUGCAUUGCAGCUAAUAGCAAUAACCUAAUUUUAACGUAUCUGUCAAUUUAUAAUUCUCACACGGAAGAGCAAACCGACAAAUCAACUACUGACGCGACGCCCUCUGGAUAUGGAUUGAGGAGACAAGAGGGACGCAUGGGAACGCCGGGGCAAGUCCCCGACACAUCUUGGCUUCCUGUAGGGAUGGACCCUAAGUCCACUUACCUACUGAAAAUCAGACUCACUGGAAAUCCUAAAAAGCGUAGGAAAGAAUUUUCAUGCUUUCAUAUCACCAAGGUUGUCGAUUCUGAUCUAUGCAACUUUAAGGAUCUUGUGGAAACAAUUGUGGAUGCAUACCCUCAUGGCUAUAAUGAAAUAGUAUCUGUUUUUUACUAUGAUGAGGUCCAAAAGAAUUUCCCACAAGUCACAACAGAUCAGGAGCUUCUUGCAAUGUUCAACAAACAUGUUGAUAGCAAGGAAGUUCGCAUGACGAUUACUUACAGUGAGCCCACGGAUGUUGUUUCUAUCCCUGAGAGUUAUACUCAACAAAAUGCAGAGGUUGACUAUGUCACAAACAAUUUGGCAGAGUGCUUCAACAACUGGAUAAAACAGUUCAAAGGGCUGAAUUUGGAUGACCUUAUGGACAAGAUCGGGCAACUUAUUAUGGAUAAGUGGGAUGUUAGAAGAACAAGAUCAAGAAAGAUUGAAGGACUUAUUCGCCACACAUCAUCAAGAAUUUGA